GUGAGCUGUGAUUGGUCACAGCUUGUCACAUGGUACAAAACUGUUGUGAAUAGCCUUGUACCAUGUGACCUCUGUGAUCAUUCACAGAUUUCACACGUAUGAAACACCGAUCGUCGGACGGGACCUCUGUACGAGGUCCCGAUCAUGUGAUCACUGAUUGGCCAAUCAGUGAUCACAUGCAAAGUAGUAAACAAGAUGUCACUUCUGACAUCAUUGCUUACUACGUGUGAAAUCUGUGAAUGAUCACAGAGGUCACAUGGUACAAGGCUAUUCAC